AUGAAGGAAAAUUUUAAGCCUGAUCCACCUAUUACAUAUUGUUUUCCUUCAUCCAGCGCGCUUCAAGGCUCUGUAUUUGCCGACAUACCUUUACCACGCCCUUCUCCAUAUGAUAUUCAACAAAAUUUAAUUCCACUUCCAUCAUUGAAACCACUACCCGCUCAACCUCUAACGCAACCAGUUUCACCCAGAACACACAAAUCACCAUCACCGAAACGCUGCCAACCUUUAAUACCGAUUUCUAUCGACAAUUAUAACCCUCGAAAAAGACAGAAUUUCACAGAAGAAGCUACUGUUAUAGCAAUAAAUAUGCUCAAAGUCGAGCCAUCAUCUCUUUUUAUUGAUCCACAACAACCAUCAGCUGAUCAAAUGAAUUAUAUUCAAACUAUCCGAACUCAAAUCAAAAGAUUACGCGAUGCAAUAUUAUCUAAUACCGAAGAGUCACGAGAAAUCGUAAAGAGCUACUACGCGAUGAAUAACUGUCCAGAACAAUCAACUUCUGAGCCGCAAGCUAAUAAAGUUGUACUCAAGUCAGCGCACAAUCCAUGUCAAAAUUCAUGCUUAUUCGACAGGCGUUCAAGAAUCGAGAGCAUAAGAGAAAAGAAUAAAGCGACUUUUAAACGAGCAGAAGAGAUUGCACAGAAGCAGAAAGAAGAAUUUAUCAAAAGACAGAAUAUUCACGAACAAAAUGAUAAAGAAUAUAAAAGGAAGCUAAAGAGCUUACAGUUGAAACGCGCCAAUAGAUCCAGAUCGAAUAUAUCCGACAUUGGCUUUAAUAUUGUACCAAUUACGUUUUAA